AUGGCGUCGAAGCAGCACGUGCUCCACGAACGCAUUCUGGAACGCGAAUACGAACGCUGCCCAGAACAUGACAUCAAGAUCAUCAUCGGAGAUUUCAAUACCCAGAUCGGUAAAGAGCAGGAGUUCGAACCUGUAAUUGGUAUGUACAGUGCACACCAGUUAACAAAUGAAAACGCCCUAAGACUCAUCGAUUUCGCCACCUCUAAGAAUAUGGCCGACAAGUGGAACGAAGACGACGGUACGAGUGGUGACGAGUGUCAGCAAGUGUUACAGGAGAAGAACGCUGCGCGGGAGCUCAUGCUGCGUCAAGCUACCCGUCAGAACGUGGAACGAUAUAGACAGAAGCGGAGACAGCAAACCCAACUCUUUCGGGAAAAGAAGCGCCGCCAAGAAGAGGACGAGUGUGAAGAACUCGAACAGCUGUAUCCCGAAAAGGCUUCGUGCCGCGAGCAGAAAUGUGAUGUGAUGGGAGCAGAGGACCAAAAUUACGAUGGAAGCGAUUACGUUGGUGCUGUAAAUAAUGAAGAUGUACCACCCCCAACGAUAGGUGAAGUAAGGAAUGCUAUUAAACAGUUGAAGAACAACAAAUCAACUGGCAAAGAUGGCAUCGGAGCAGAACUUAUCAAGAUGGGCCCGGAAAAAUUGGUUAGUUAUCUGCAUCGGCUGAUUGUCAGAAUUUGGGAAACAGAACAACUGCCGCAGGAGUGGAAAGAUGGGGUUAUUUGCCCUUUCUUCAAGAAAGGAGACAAACUAGACUGUGAAAACUUUCGUGCAAUCACCGUCCUGAAUGCCGCCUACAAAGUGCUUUCCCAAAUCAUCUUCCGUCGUUCAUCGCCACUGACAACAGAUUCGUGGGAGGUUAUCAGGCCGGCUUCGUCGAAGGUCGGUCUAAAUCUUCACCUUGCGGCAGAUUCUCCAGAAAUGCCGUGA